AUGUUCAAUGCAAGGUUUAUUUCAAAGGCAAAUUGUGCAGAACUGAAAUUGUUAUGUGGUAACAAGGAUGAAUUCCUUCGCUCAAAAAUACCGUUAAUGGAAAUUAGAAAUAUUGAGAUAGUUAAGACGAAAUCAGCUGACCAAAUAAUUCAGAAAAAAUUAUUUUCCACGGAAUCGUUGUCACUGGAAAUUCCACCUCCUCCAACGACAUCAUUUAUUUUUAUAUCUGAUUUUCACAAGCUUAAAGAUAAGCCAAGAGCAUUUGCCAAAUAUUUCUUGUCAAUUGAUAAAGAUCUCUAUGGUGAAUUGCUUGAUGAUAUAAUUGAAACCGAAAUGGUGAAGUGUUUAAUACUUGGUUUCGAUGAUCUAGCUGAUGAAUCAAACAUUCCUCAACUCUUAGAAUGUUUAAUCAAGCUGACCAGUGUUUCCCGAAUUGAUAUUGCUAUGCUAUUUUUGGAUGAAGCUACGAAGAAUGGUUGGUUUUUUUUAUAA